AUGGAGAAGAAAACUAACCUGAAGGAAGAAACUUGGAAUGAUUGUGUCACAAAGGAGUUCAAUGAAUGUGUUCAAUACACGGAAUUGGUAGAUAUUAAUGGUCACGGGCUGCAUUACACGUGGAAUCAGAAACCAAAGAAUGGUGUUGGGUUACUUAAAAAAAAUGAUCGUGUGAUGGGGAAUAUAAAUUUUUUGGAGAUGUUUCCGGAAGCUUAUGUUUUUUAUCACCCAUUCCGGAUUUCGGAUCAUACUCCAUGCAUCCUCAAGAUGGCUACUUCGGUAAAGACCAAGCCCAAACCUUUUAAAUUCGCCAACUUUAUCACGGCGAAGCCGGAGUUCAGGGAAGUUGUAGAACGGGAAUGGAUCAAGCGGGUUGAUGGGGUUACUAUGUUUGCGGUCACUAAAAAGCUUAGAGAUUUGAAGCCAUAUAUGCGUAAAAUUCUGUUUGACCAGGGUAAUUUGCAUAAGAGAGUUGCUGAAUUGAGGAAGAAUCUGGAUGAUAUUCAAACUCUGAUUGAUAGCAAUCCGCUAGAUGUUGAUCUUCGGGACAGGGAGGCGAAGUGCCUGAAGGAAUUCCAAACUGCAGCGUAUGAUGAAGAGUGUUUUCUUAAGCAAAAAGCAAAGGUGGAAUGGUUAUGUGCUGGUGAUUCUAAUACUAAGUUUUUUCAUAAUAUGGUGAAAUGCAGAAAUGCCAGAAGUAAAAUCCACUCGAUUCGGGAUGUUAAUGGAAACCGUUAUGAGGGACAGGGUGCAUUGGAUGCUCUGGUUACUCAUUAUGCAAACUUUUUGGGUACAGAGGAUCAGGUGGAGAGUAUAAAUCUGGAGGAUAUAUGUAUCAAUACGAUUAGUGCUGAAGUUGCGGGCAAAAUGGUUCAGUAG